AUCUUUGGCUUCUACAUCCAAUUAUUUACUUGCUUAAUUUUAUUCAUCUGAAUUAUUUUUUGGUGUAAGAAGAAUGUUUCGCCGCAAAAAAAAAAAUCUGAUCCGACAUCAUUAGAACAAAAAAAAACAUUGGCGUUGAAUAUAAGCUGCUUCUCUUGUUCUUCUUCUACCUUACGCUUCUGACUGUUAUUAGAGACUAUGUAAAUGGCUGAUUCCGAGACUCCGUAUCACCCCGACCCUGAGGAUCUCCGGCGUAUACCAGUCGAUCUCUUCGCUUCCAAAAAGCUUCCCGGACUUUCCUCCGGCGAUCUCGGAUUUGCCGAUUCUUCCGAACAUCUCGUCUUCAUCCUCCGCAAAUCUUCUUCCUCCUUGAAAUCUCUCCUUGAUUCCUCCGGAGUUCCUCUCUUCUCCAUCUCUCGUCUCCACAAUGGAGUGUGGGAAUUACAUAAAGGAGAUGUGGAAAAGCGUAAGGAUUUGGUUCUAACGGUGAAGCGGACAUCGAAAAGAUUCAGUAAGACAGAGUCAGAGGUCUCUUUUGCUGGAGAAUCGUCCGAAAAUCUUGUUAUCAAAGGUGUUCCCUUUCAGAAAUCUUGUACCAUUUAUAGUCAAGAUUCCAUUGUUGCACAGACGAGUUUGAUGUACAAGCUGAGACAGAUUUACGUAGGGAGAAGCAAGUUCCGGUUAACGAUAUUUCCUGGAUCCAUCGAUCAUUCACUAGUAGUCGCAAUGGUUGCCAUAUUUCUUCAAGGAUGAAAGUGAAACAUCCUCGAUUUAUUUUCUCAGUGUAAAGAAAAAUGUAACACAGAAACAAAAAGGCAUUUUAGUACAUUGCAUUUUUAAUGCCUUUUGAUUCAAUCGGCUCACACGUGAAUUGUAUUAUCUAUCACAUGAAUAUUGAGAUAUACUAAGGUCUAAGGUUAAAUCUUUUUUCAGAACAAAUUUGCAAGCUCAGCUGGAAA